AAGUGGUGAGCAGAACACGCUGCAUUGAAGUCCGGAUCAGUUUGGACCCGAUCUAAGAUCCCGGAGUGAGUUUUAAACAGAGAAUUGUGACGUCAUGUCGGUGGUCGGGUGUGUAGCUGGACAGUUUGAUGACGCAGAGGAGGACAGGGAACAGAAACAGGAGGCCGAUGUUCUGAGUCACAUCAGUGAUGUCACUCUGCAGCAUGAGGAGGAGGAGGAGGAGGAGGAAGAGGAGGAUGAUGAUGAUGAUGAUGAGUGGACGUGGCACUCAGCAGGUGGAGACCUGACCAAGAGAUACAACAGAGCUUCACUCAACUGUCAGUCUAACAAACAGAAUCCAGCCAACAGAACAUCAUCAACGCUGUCGGACAAAGCUUUGAGGAAAUAUGAACAUAAGAUCAAUCUGGAUAAACUAAACUUUGACCAUUCAGUGAUCAAUAAAGUCACAACGAUGCAGAAGCAGAAAGACGCUGAAACGUACAGAGUAAAGGACAAGUCCGAUCGAGCCACAGUGGAACAGGUCUUAGAUCCUCGGACUCGGAUGAUUCUAUUUAAAAUGCUGAGCCGAGGAGUGAUCAGUGAAAUCAAUGGCUGCAUCAGCACAGGGAAGGAGGCAAAUGUCUAUCAUGCAAGCUCACCAGCAGGGGGCAGCAGAGCCAUCAAGAUCUACAAGACGUCCAUCCUACAGUUUAAAGAUCGAGACAAAUACGUCAGCGGAGAGUUCAGGUUCCGUCAUGGUUACUGUAAAGGGAACCCCAGAAAGAUGGUGAGAACCUGGGCCGAGAAGGAGAUGAGGAACCUCAUCAGGUUGCAGACGGCUGGAAUCCUGAGUCCAGAACCGUUGUUGCUGAGGAGUCAUGUUCUGCUGAUGAGCUUCAUUGGAAAAGACAACACACCGGCUCCUCUGCUGAAGAACGCGUCACUGACGGAGUCAAAGGCUCGAGAACUUUACCUGCAGGUUCUACAGAACAUGAGGAAGAUGUUCCAGGACGCUCGACUCGUCCACGCUGACCUCAGCGAAUUCAACAUGCUGUAUCAUGACGGAGACGCUUACAUCAUCGAUGUGUCUCAAUCCGUGGAACAUGAUCAUCCUCACGCUCUGGAGUUCCUCAGGAAGGACUGCAGCAACGUCAAUGAGUUCUUUGCAAAGAGGGGCGUGGCCGUGAUGACGGUCCGAGAACUUUUUGACUUCAUCACUGACUUGUCAAUUACCUGCCACAACAUGGAUCAAUACCUGGAGAAGGCCAUGGUGAUUUCCUCCGAGCGGACGUUGGAGCAGCGAUCAGAUCAGGACCAAGUGGACGAGGAGGUGUUUAAAAAGGCCUUCAUUCCCCGAACUCUGACAGAGGUCAGUCACUACGAGAGAGAUGUGGACCUGAUGAGGGACAAGGAGGAGGAGUUAGCCAUGAUAGGAAGUGAUGACAACAUCUUGUAUCAGACACUCACUGGACUGAAGAAGAAUCUGUCAGGAGUUCAGACGGUUCCUGCUCUCCUGGAGGAUGACGGUUCCUUGUCAUCAUCAUCAUCAUCGGAGGAGGAGGAUGAUCAGGAGGUGGGUCAACAGCAGCAGAGUGAGGACACAUCAUUGGACAGAAAGGAGAAGAAGAAGCUGAUGAAAGAAGCUCAGAGAGAAAAGAGAAGAACAAAAGUUCCCAAACAUGUGAAGAAGAGGAAGGAGAAGGUGGCUAAGAUGAAGAAGGGUCGAUGAUGACAUCAUCAACAUCACAAUGUUUGUUCAUCAAGUUACAUUUAUUGUAAUGUUUGAUAGCAGAUAACAAACUUUGUAACAACUUCGUAUCUUCAUUAAAAAACUGAAUGGAAACAAA